AUGUCAUCUCCACCAUCAUCGGACAGCGAUAGCGUCAACCUCUCAUCCCUUUCCAUCCACCUACCCAACGGCCUCGGUCCAUCCGCAUUCAAUCUCUCUCCUCCUCCACCAUGUCCCAUCAUACUCAACAUAUCAAUGUUUCUCCGCGAUCGAUCUAUAUUAGAUACAGCUACGGGCGACUCGAUGAGCGGUCUGGGAGUGAACUACUCCGCAGUUUCGAAGUCCAUUUACGCUCUCGUCUCCUGUCCACGGAGAGUAUGGAAUGGUCCAUGGGAACUUUUGUGGGAGGUGUCGACUAUCCCUUCCGCCCUGCCUGAUGUAGAUAGAGUGAAGGUAGAAGCUGUCAUGCCUAAGGCUUUACUACAUGCUGAUUCGGCCAGGUAUAAAGCUACAUAUUCGUUGGAUGACAAGGAGGUUGUGGUGGAAAACAGGAAAUGUGAGAUUAAGGAUAUAAAGCUGGAAUGUGUAAUUGGAUUACAUCCCCAUGAGAGAGAGGAGAAACAGAGAUUGGAGGUGGAUAUCGAAGUUGGGGAUGUGGAUUGGGCAAAUUGGGGUCAUAAGUACUUUGCAGAUCAGGUUUAUGAGUUCGUAUCGAACUCAUCUUACGGUACGAUCGAAUCCCUCAUCCAUUCACUCGGAUCACACCUAUUCAACCUACCAAUAUUAUCAACCUCCCCUUCAUCUUCAGUGUCGAUAACGAUCCGUAAACCAUCUGCUAUACCCUUUGCUGUACCAAGUAUAACCGUACAUCGAACCAAGUCAGAUUACCCUUUGUCCACUUCCUCGUCUUCGUCAUCUUUCUCUGCGGACAAACGGAUAUUCAUCGCUGUGGGUUCAAAUAUAGGAGACAGGGUAGAUAAUAUACAUAAAGCCAUCAACGAAUUGCGAAAUAAUGGAUGUCAGUUGAAGAAUACGAGUAGAUUGUACGAGAGUGAACCGAUGUAUGUAGAAGAUCAAGAUAGGUUCGUGAAUGGGGUAAUUGAGAUCUCAGCUACGUUAUCUCCUCUUGACCUAUUACGUCUCCUGAAACGGACUGAGAAGUCAGUAGGAAGGACCAAAACAUUUACGAACGGUCCCCGAGUCAUUGACCUGGAUCUGAUAUUCUACGGUACGGAGCAGGUCAAGAUUGGUGACAGGGGAGACGAACCUGAUGAAGAUGGAGUUGGAUGGCUGGAAUGCCCUCAUAGGAGCUUGGGAGAAAGGGAAUUUGUACUGAGACCUCUAGCAGACAUCGCACCCAAUCUUGUCCAUCCUUCCCUGCGACAGACAAUACAUCAACUUCUCUCUCGAUUGCCUCGAACUACCCCACCGCCUCUUCAACCUAUCAUACCCUUCUCCGGUCCUUCCAGACCUCUACGCCUCUCUACACCCUCAACACCAUACAUCAUGUCGAUAUUCAACGCCACACCCGACUCCUUCUCGGAUGGUGAUCCGGCACGUACCGAUCCAUCUUACGCUCUAACAGCAGUAGAAAAGUUAUUCGAAGGAGACGAUCAUCCUGAUAUUUUGGACAUAGGCGGGAUGUCGACUCGACCUGGUUCAGAUCCAUGUACAGAGGAAGAAGAGAUCAAUCGAGUGAUACCUCUGAUCCAGGCCAUACGGUCAUCCUCAAAUGAACAUCUGAGGCAGGUACCCAUAUCGGUCGAUACCUAUCGAGCAAUCGUAGCAAAGAAGGCGGUUGAGGCCGGUGCAAGCCUCAUCAACGAUGUCAGAGGAGGUAAUGAGUCAGGGAUGUUGAAAGUGAUGGCUGAAUCGAACGUUCCUGUGGUAUUGAUGCAUUCCAGGGGUGAUUCUAAGAAUAUGAAUUCAGCUGAGAUGACCGAUUACGCAUCCUAUGGAGGUGUAGUCGAGGGAGUUAAAAAGGAAUUGAGUGAUUUGGUCAAUAAAGCUAUACAGAGCGGAGUGAAGAGAUGGAACAUCAUCUUAGAUCCUGGAUUGGGAUUCGCCAAGACCCAUCAAGACAACUUGGUAUUGUUGAAGGAUCUGAAUAAGUUGUUAGAAGGAGAUUUGAAAGGAUAUCCAAUGUUAGUAGGAGGAAGUAGGAAGGGUUUUGUAGGUAAGACGAUACACAAGGCCAAACCGACCGAAAGGUCAUUCGGAGAUGCGGCGUUGAAUGCUCAUUGUGCGUUGAGUGGAGUAGUGGACGUGUUGAGAGUACAUUGUCAUGCAGAAGCUAGAGAUACGGUCAAGAUGUCGGUAGCCGUCAGAGAUGUUUAG